GGGGAGACUUUUGUGGCUACUUGACCCACUUUUGAGACGAAAAGCGGAAAAGGCCCUCCACCAGACGCCUCCCACUCCGUUGCCAAAAAAGCUACUCAAUACGGAGGAGUAUGUUGGGGUUACACGAGUAACAGUUUCUUGUAGAGCUACUAGACUUAAAUACCGCUCUAAGGAAAGAAUCAAAGGAAAUAAAGAAAAAGAAGACAAAGCUUUUCAGGGUCAAAAGGUGUCCGGGCUGCCCAAUUUAGUGCGCAUACACACUACAUCUCUUAAGAACAAGUCUUAACUCGUUUUCAGUUAUGUUCUGCAAACCAGUUCAUCCCCUGCCACAUUGCAUGAACUCCAUGAAGAACAAGUGCGGUUUCUGAUGCCCAAGAUUAGUUGAUUUUUUCUUUGACUCUCUGGGUCUCUUGGGUAUGUUGUAUCUUUGGGAAAAAGAUUCAGUCUUGGUUGAUCAUUCUUUUCUCUUGCACCAUUAAAGCCUCCGAUGGUUGGGUUCACCUGUAAUUUAAUUCGGUGAGGAAUUGCUUGCUGAUAGGAUAUGGAGCACUACAGUGAUGGUGUCAAGACCAAGAAGAAACCAUCAUCUAGCGAGGAGGUCCAGAAUUCAUUGAGGCAAGAGAUAAUCCAGCUUGAGAAAAGAUUGCAGGACCAAGUUGCUGUUCGUUGUGCUUUAGAGAAAGCAUUGGGUUGUGGGUCUUCCUCCCAUAAGCCCACAUGUGAAACCCCUCCAAUUAAUAAGCCAACAAGAGAGCUUAUUAGAGAAAUAUCAGUGCUAGAGUUUGAGGUUGGGCACUUGGAACAAUAUCUCCUUUCACUUUACAGGCAAGCAUUUGAUCAGCAGCUCACAUCCUUUUCUCCUCCCAGAAGAGCUGAAAGACUGAAGUCACACUUAGGUGCUCCAAGAAGAAGGAUAGAUUUUUCAAAAGCAGAUGUGUCACUCAGGACAGGUCUGUCAGCAUGUAAUGCACAGAAAGAGAGUAUUCCCAUAGCUGAAGAAAAGAAAAGUGAUUUUCGCGUUCAACGAAGCCAUUCUUCCCUAUCUCUCCGCUCAGCUCGGCCAAACAGAGCUUCUACACAGGAAGAGGCAUCAGGCAAAACUGUGCGUGCUUGUUACUCUCAGCCUUUGUCCAUGAGGGAGUAUGAACAGAGUACUUCAUCAAAGGUAAGCCGUUUGGGGCGGAAUAUCGCCACACAUAGUACUACUGAUCUUGUUCCAACGACGCCAAACAAGCUCUCCGAGGAAAUGAUAAAGUGCAUGUGCACUAUAUACUGCAGACUUUCUGAUCCGGCACUUACAACAAGUAGGCUGGGAGCUUCAUCUCCACCUACCUCAGCGUUCUCAUCACCAAAUCCAUAUUCUGAAAGUGACACGUGGAGCCCGAGACUUCGAAAUUACUCGUCCUUUGAUUUGAGUUUGGACAAUCCUUUCCAUGUUCAAGGACUGAAGGAUUUCAGUGGACCUUACAGCACAAUGGUUGAAAUACAAUGUAUACAUAGAGAUAGUCGUAGACUUUGCAAGAUUGAACCAUUGUUACAAUAUUACAGGUCACUUAUUUGUCAAUUAGACGAAAGCGAUCCUAGUUUGUUGAUUCAUGAGGAGAAACUAGCUUUCUGGAUUAACAUCCAUAACGCAUUAGUAAUGCAUGCAUUUUUGGCUUAUGGAAUCCCACAAAAUAGCAUGAAGAGAACUUUUAUUUUGUUAAAGGCUGCGUAUAAUGUUGGGGGUCAUAUUGUAAGCGCAGAUGCUAUAGAGACGUCUAUACUAAGAUGCCGAAUGCCUCGAUCCGGACAGUGGAUUCGCUUUCUUGUUUCUUCAUGGGGAAAAUUCAAAACUGGGGACGAGCGACAAGCAUUUGUGAUUGAACGUCCAGAACCUCUUCUGCAUUUUGCACUCUGUUCUGGAAACCAUUCAGAUCCUGCGGUUCGACUCUACACACCAAAAAAAGUGGUACAAGAGCUGGAAGCAGCAAAAGAGGAGUACACUAGAGCUACUUUUGGCGUGUCAAAGGAUCACAAAAUUGUGUUACCUAAGGUUGUAGAAUCAUUUGCGAAGGAUUCGGGAAUGUGUGCUGCCAAUGUGGUGGAGAUGGUCCAUCAAUCCUUGCCUGAAUCUUUGAGGAGGAAGAGCAGCAUUAUUUUCAAGAAGAGGUUUCAGCGGGGAAAAGGUCGUAGGAACAUCGAAUGGGUUCCUCAUGAUUUCACCUUUCGCUAUCUUAUAUAUAAAGACCUGGUAAGGUGAUUGCUCCACUUGUGCAGUUAUAGCUGAUUAACGGGCUGGUUCUGCCAUUAUCUUCUUUAACUGCCCAAAUGAACAUAAAAUCUCCCAGUUAGCUCUUAACAAAGGAUAGGUUGACAUUAGUUAUAUAUAUAUAAAUAUAAUUUAUUUUUCUUGUUUUGUAUAUAAAAUAAUAUGAUGGAUUAUUUAUAUGUUACUCAGUUGUUUAUAUUAAUGUUAUAUUGUAGUUAUGAAAGUAUGUCCUCCAAGGAUAUGUCUGCAUGUAAUUGUACGACUAAGAAAUGGUUCAUAAGUUAGUUACAGUAGUAAUUUUUGUAUACUAGUAUAUCAUUCUCAUUUCCCC